UUUUGUAUGCCUCUCUGGUAUAGGUUGGAAUUUAUUUUGUGAUUUUUGUGUGACACAUUUUAGUUAAAAAAAAAAGAAUGUUGACAUUUACGUCUGAGAUUUAGACAUAUACAUAAAACGUACUUCGUAAGACUUCCACUUAUAGAUAUGUCUAGCCCCUAUAAAGUCCCAAUCAUUCCUCAAAACUUAAGCAGCGAAGAGACGAUCAUACAAAUGGCAGAGGUUUUAAGCUAUGUAUCGGAAAUUACUGACAACGUUUUUAAAACAGUUAAUCACCGAAUCAAAACUAAUAACGAGAAACUUGCAAGUAUAUCCAAAAGACUGGAUGAUGCAUCUGAAAAAAUAAACAGUUUGAAAGGUGCCAAAAAAGCCACGCAUGUAUUCUCAAGUAGCAAAUAUCCUGCUAGCGAUAUCAAUGUGGAUUACAUAUCUAUAUUUAAAGAGACCCCUACCUGCGAAUUAAAAAGGCAUAAGGUGGAGAAUCAGAGUUGUUCUUCCACAUAUGAGCCAUUAAAUAAAUUACAGUUUUACCAUGUAAAACAACCAGAAAAUAGAAACAAAUUGAAUAUAGAUGGAUUAGGUGCAAUCCCUUUAAAUAUUAAUAAUGUGAAUGACUUGAUCUUAUACAAUUCAGGAAAAAAUUUAUAUAAACAUUUUGUUAUCUCUGAUUCUUUAAAAGUUUCUGAAAGUAUCAGAAAAACUGACAUUCAGAAAGCUUCAGAAUUAGGAGCAGCCCCUCUAUCUAUAAGUGAAAGAUCAAGAUUAGCUAAACAAUCAAAGGAGAACUAUUUUUAUAAUCCUAAAAUUGAAGAACUACCAGCCCUAGAUGUUCCACUUGACCUGCCCGAUUUGCCUGGUAUUGCUGACGACUUACGUUACGAAAGCGAUAUUGGCCCAGGUAUUGCGCCAUCUUCAGUAACCAUGGCCUUAAUAGAGAAUAUAGAUGAUUUGCCUACAGUUAUUGAAACAGAAGCUGUGCAGAAACCAACAGACAUUCCAGAUAUGCUUCCCCCACCUCCUCCUCCAGAGACCAUACCUCAACCUCCUCCAAUUAAUCUGUGCCCACCUCCACCUAUAGCUCCACCACUACCUACCUAUGACAUAAAACCCGAUCCAGUUCCACCUAAUCAAAAAGGAAGUAAACCUGCAAGUGAAAGCGUUUCGGCACCACAGUCAGAUUUGAGAGCAAAUUUAAUGGAAGCUAUAAGACAAGCUGGAGGUACUCAAAAAGCCAACCUCAGAUCAGCUAAACCCAACUCUAAUGUAACUGCUACCUCCAAAGUACCGACUGGUGAUUUGAUGGCUGAUUUACACUCAAAAUUAUUAAUGAGAAGAAAAGGUAUUUCAGGGACAAGAAAAGUUGAUCCAGAUAACUCAAUAAACGCGGAAUCGACCAUGGCAAAAAUUUCCGCCAUGAUUCCAGCACCUUUAAAAACAGAAUCUGAUGCGACAUCUACCGAUGAAGACUGGAAUUAAUUAUGACAAUAAAGGUUAUGGAAACUUUACCAAUUCUUAAUUCUUUACGUGCACCAAUGUUUACGCUGUUUAAAUAAAAUAUUCCACGUGUAAUACACAACGAGGAAAUGCGACUUUGAGUAAAAAAAAUAUUUUAUAAUUUUGCAAACCAGAAAUGCUCAGUUUUGCAC